AUGCAAGUUAUCACCACUCGACUUCACAAGAGCCUCCGCGCGCUUUUGCUGCUGAUCCCUACGGUGUUAGUAUUGUUUGUUGGGAUCCAGUACAUCCACCUAGUCCUGGGUCUCGAUUAUCCUAUGACCGAUGGUCCACCUACACCCUUCGACUGCGCCUACCUCAGUGGACUGGAACGGAUGUAUUGUGGCGUCGUCGAGUUCAGUUACUUCUUCAGCAUUAUCACGGGAUUCUUCGCCAUUCUGGAGAUUUACGCCACCUUCAGGAAGGGACCUAUGCUGCCCAAGGGCUACCACCAAUCGUAUAUACCGAAUGUCGGGUACGCCGAGGGCGUCAAUGUAGACUAUAUUCGACCUCCAGAGAUCCCGAUGACCAAACAAGACCAGCAGCAGCUACAGGAUCCGCAUGGCGGUGGUGGUGGCAAUCAACAGAUCUCGACUUCGGACCAACCCUUCUUGCUGUUGCCCCCCAAACAGAAUACACCAAUCCAUGCCAGCAGCAUGUAUCCUACGGCCGCUCCUGGACCACAACCUCUUCAGCAACUGUUACACGCAUUACCAGAAGAAGUGUUUGACCAUCGAGCACCACUUCGCGACAACUAUUCACAUGCCCCACUACCCUUACGAGCCCCACAACCGUUCAUGUUUUAUAACAUCCCAUCGGUAGGCGCAGGAGCCCCUUUCGUACGCCGACAGCUCGACAUGCAACCACCUUUAGAUGCCUUCAUGGGAUAUCCACCUCCUAUGCCGCCAAGACAAGUGCAUGUACAACCACAACCACAGCAGCCGCGUCCACCAUCACAACAACAACAACCGCCGCAACUACAGGAGGAGGAGGAGGAGGAGGAGAAGGAGGAGGAGAAGGAGGAGGAGUUUGACCCUCAGGUGCCAAGACCAACUGUGGUGACAGAUCAUCUAUGA